AUGCAGUACAAGAUCCUUGCCACUCUUUUCCUCGCCGCCACGGCCCUGGCUGCCCCUGCGGAUACUACUGCCACAUCCUCAAGCACUGAGACCACCGACACCGACAGUGAUGAUUACUACAGUGAUGAUUACUACGAUCUCCCGGAUAUACCCAGCUCCAUCAUGACUGUUCUGGCAACAGCCGUCCCGGCCUCCUGGUACAACGAUAUCAUGGAUCCCGCUUCCCGCUCCUCUAUCGUCAGCGAAGCUGCGGCUGGCACCUACCCUGCUUGGUACAACGCGUUGCCUAACAGCGUCAAGGCCUGGGCCACUUCCAACUUCGACGACCAGACCGCUGCUGCCACGGCAACCGCUGAUAGCAGCGCUACUCAGACCGAGGCUGCUGAUAGCAGCGCUGUCGAGACUGGCUCCACCACCGCUGCCAGCCAGGCCUCUUCCAAUGCUGCCGAGACCACUUCGGCUUCCAUUACCUCCUCGGGCUCCAGCUCUGACUCCACUUCCUCCUCGGCCUUCAUCUCCGACUCCAGCUCCAGCUCUACAUCAGCCUCUCCCUCUUCUUCGCAGUCUACUGGUGGUGCCCCUGCUCCUACUGGAGGUAUUGCCAUAAGUGUUGCUGGCGCAGCUGGUAUUUUGGCCCUGGCUCUUGCCCUGUAG